AUGAAUGAAAAUAAACGAAAAUUAACUUGUGAGAAUUUCUUCGAAGAAAAAUCAAAGAAAUUUUGCAAUUCAUCAAUAAGUUGUUUUGAAGAUUUAUCCAAUGACAUAUUUUUUAAAACAUUUGAUUAUUUCGAUGGACAUGAAUUAUUUGAAUCAUUUUCAAAUCUAAAUUUUCGAUUUCAAGAAAUUCUUCAUAGUUCAUCUAUAUUAUUAAAAAGUCAAUUUUAUUUAUUUAAUAAUGAUGAAAUGAUGAAUAUGUUUAAAGACUAUAUGUUAACUAAUCGACAUCAAAUCAUUUCAAUAUCAAUUAAAUUUCUAAUAAAUAAAAGUUCUUUUUUUUCCUCAUUUUUAUUUGAUUCAUCAUAUGAUCAUCUUCAAUCGAUUUGUUUUAAAGAUAUUCAAUCUGAUACAAUUAUUCCAGUUCUUAAUAAUUUAUUAUUAUUACCACAACUUUUUUCAUUAACAAUUCAAACAUCAAAUAUCGCAGAAAAAAUCAAUGAAAUUUAUCGAUUAAUAUUUCUUUUACCUAAAUUAAAAUAUUUUCGAAUAUCUUUAUCAAAUAAUUUUCAUUCAUUAAUACUUUUAAUGAUUCGAAAUAAUCAAUUAAGUUCAAUUGAAUAUCUUGUUAUUGAUCAUUAUUGUUCUUUAAAUGAACUUGAAUUAUUAAUAUCUUAUACACCAAAACUUCGUCGUUUAACUGUACAUAAAAUAAAAACAAACAAUUCAAAUCAAAUAAUAUCAUCAAUUGAAUUGAAUAAUCUCAAAUCACUUUAUUUAAAUUUAUCUGAGACAACAUUUGAUCAAUCAGAAAGAUUUUUUCGAAAAUUUUUUUCAAAUUUAAAUCUUUUAACAAUAAUUGUAUCAAAUGAUAUUACUUAUCUUGAUGGAUAUCGAUGGGAACAAUUGAUUUUAAAUUGUUUUCCUCAAUUAGAAAAAUUUUAUUUCAUAUAUAAUGAACAAUUUAAAAAUGCAGAAAAUUCUCUAUUAUUUCCUGGAAAACAAAAUCAAUUUUCUUCAGCAUUUUGGAUUGAACGAAAAUGGUUAUUUGAAGUUGAAAUUAAUUAUCCAUAUAUUCAAUAUACAAUUCGUCCAUUCAGUAAUAGAUGGUAUCAUUAUCCUAAAUAUAAUAUUGAACAUUCGACAGUUAAUUGUUUAACAUUCGAAUCUUUUCUUCAAUAUACAUUCAUAGAAACGAUAUUCAAAAAAAUUCAAUAUAUUUUAACAAUAACACAAAUCUAUUAUUUAGAAAUUCUUGAAAAAAAUAUCUCCAUUGAUCUAUUAAUUCAACUAAUUAAUCUUUUACCAGAUUUAACUACAUUAAAACUUCAUUCAUUAUCAAUAGAUGAAACAUCUGAAUUAACUGCUAAUGAAGUUUUUAUUUUAUGUUCAAUGAAAGAAACAAGUCAAAUUACCAAAGUCUAUUUGGAAGAAAUUAAUCAUUUUAAACAAAUUGAUUUUCUUUUUACACUUUGUCCUUAUAUGGAAUAUUUUAAAAUUGAACAGAUAAAUUUUAUGGAUAUUCAAGCAUUUUUACGAAUUAUUUUCAAGAAAAUUAAUCGAUUUAAUAAUCAUUAUCUUCAUGCAUUAUGUUUUCAAUUUCCAAUAUUAGAUGAUCAAAUUGUUCAAAAUAUUCAAGAUAUGAUCAAAUAUGAAAAAUUACUUUCAAAUUUUACAAUUAAACGUUUACUCAAUGUUAUGUAUUUACAUUGGAAAUGA